GACGACUAUGAUGAGGCCCUAGUUCCUGUGAUCCAGCCCACCUACUAAAACGGACUGUUGUGUAUCCUCACUGUCUCAAGACUCAAGAGGUCCAUGAUUCCUCAACAAAAAGUAUUCAUUUUCUUCUAGGUUUUGUUGCUAAAAAGAGGAAUCGGGAUUUUAACUUCUGCUGGUGAAAAGAGAGUAUAAUUUGGGCCUAGUGUUCACCAAUACGAAGAAUUAUGGGUGGUUCAGUGAAGGAGGUGCACUCUAAGACGGAGCUUGAUGACGUGCGCAGCAGUGGCGUACCAGUUAUUGUUCACUUCUGGGCAUCAUGGUGCGACGCUUCCAAGCACAUGGACCAAGUCUUUUCUCACCUGUCCACCGAUUUCCCUAACGCUCACUUCCUCAGGGUUGAGGCAGAAGAGCAACCGGAAAUAUCGGAAGAGUUUUCUGUUUCUGCUGUCCCUUUCUUUGUUUUCUUCAAGGAUGGCAAGAAAGUUGACUCGUUGGAAGGUGCAGAUCCAUCCAGUUUGGCCAACAAAGUUGCUAAAGCUGCUGGUUCUGUCAAGUCUGGAGAGCCUGCUGCCCCUGCCAGCCUGGGAAUGGCAGCUGGACCCAGUAUUCUUGAAACAGUCAAAGAGUUGGCAAAAGAUAAUGGCCCUUCCCAAGUGUCAAACAAAGUUCAACCUGGCCUCAAUGAUGCAUUAGAAAAACGAUUGCAGCAGCUGAUUAAUUCUCAUCCAGUGAUGCUAUUUAUGAAAGGAAGUCCUGAAGCACCUAGGUGUGGAUUUAGCCAGAAAAUUGUCGAUAUACUGAAGGAUGAAGCUGUGAAGUUUGGAAGUUUUGACAUUUUAUCUGAUAAUGAGAUACGAGAGGGGUUGAAGAAGUUCUCUAACUGGCCAACUUUUCCUCAGCUCUAUUGCAAAGGAGAACUCCUUGGUGGAUGUGACAUUGCAAUUGCAAUGCAUGAGAGUGGUGAGCUAAAAGACGUUUUCAGAGAUCAUGGAGUUGAUACCAAUAGUUCUGAGGAGGUGAAAGUGAGUGAAGGAGGUAAUGGAAAGGGUGGCAUCUCAGAAUCCACUGGCCUGAGUUCAACCUUAACCUCCCGGCUUGAAAGCCUAAUCAAUUCAAGCCCAGUUAUGUUGUUCAUGAAGGGAAAACCUGACGAACCCAAAUGUGGUUUCAGUAGAAAGGUAGUCGAUAUCCUUCGUGAAGAAAAGGUGAAUUUUGAUAGUUUCGACAUCCUUUCUGAUGAUGAAGUACGUCAAGGUCUUAAAGUUUAUUCAAAUUGGUCCAGUUACCCGCAAUUAUAUAUUAAAGGUGAACUUAUUGGUGGAUCGGACAUUGUGCUGGAGAUGCAGAAAAGUGGAGAGCUUAAAAGGGUUUUGGUUGAGAAAGGGAUUUCUCCAAAAGGGACUCUGGAAGAUCGUCUGAGGAGUUUGGUUGCUUCUUCACAUGUGAUGCUCUUCAUGAAAGGUUCCCCUGAUGCUCCCAGAUGCGGUUUUAGUUCCAAAGUCGUUAAUGCCCUGAGAGAGGAGGGUGUAAGUUUUGGGUCCUUUGAUAUUUUAAGCGAUGAGGAAGUGAGGCAGGGACUAAAGGUCUUCUCAAACUGGCCCACAUUUCCCCAGCUUUAUUACAAAGGCGAACUCAUAGGAGGUUGUGAUAUUAUAAUGGAGCUGAAAAACAAUGGAGAGCUGAAAUCUACCCUAUCUGAAUAGGUUGACAUGCUUUUCACAAAGCCAAACGAUGCCAGACAACCCUAAACUUUUACUUUCAGUCAUGCCAGUGGUGUAUAUGGAUAUCAUACAGGAGACUAAAGUUUGCAUGUUAUACUUUCUCGCUGAUCAUUUGAUACCUUGAUAUGGUUUCUGGUUUUAAUUGUCUACGGCUCCGCAAAUUUUUUUAUGAUAAAGAUCUACAGUUUGGUCUUC